AUGGCUGCCUCGACACUAAAGAACGUUAUUGUGGUUGGCGGGUCCUACGUCGGAAGGGGAGCUGCAGAGGAGCUGGCGCGGGUUGUACCCAGCACGCACAGAGUGUUGUUGAUUGAACCUCACAGCCAUUUCCACCAUCUUUUUGCCUUUCCCCGAUUCGCCGUUCUCCCCGGCCACGAACACAAAGCAUUCAUUCCCUACACCCGCCUCUUCGCCUCCUCCCCCAACUCGAACCAACACGCUGUCGUGCAGGCUCGCGUCCUCUCCGUUCAACCCAAAUAUGUCAAUCUCGACCGCGCCUGGCAGGGCCAGAGCCAGAUCCCCUACGAGUAUCUUGUAGUCGCGACGGGCACGCGUCUCGCCGAACCCGCCGCGAUGCGUGACGAAGACAAGGUCUCCUCCGUACAAUACCUGCAGAAGCACCAAGCGGACGUGAAGCAAGCGAAAUCCGUGGUCAUUGUCGGCGGUGGCGCUGUGGGCGUGCAGAUGGCGACCGAUAUGAAGGAGCUGUACCCAGAGAAGGAAAUCACGGUGGUGCAGUCGCGCGACCAGCUCAUGCCCCAAUUCCACCGGGGGCUCCACGAGAUCGUCAAGAAGCGCUUUGACGAGCUGGGUAUCAAAACCAUCACCGGCGCCCGCAUCGUGGUCCCCAAUUCCGGCUUCCCGAACAACGGCACCCCCUUCACCGUGCAGCUCAACAACGGCACCGAACUCACCACCGACUUCGUCAUCCUGGCCACCGGCCAGAGGCCCAACAACGACCUGCUCCGCUCCCUGCCCGCCUCGUCGCCGGACUCCCUCAUCAACCCGGCCAACGGCUUCAUCCGCAUCCGCCCGACCCUGCAGUUCCAGGACCCGCAGUACCCGAACCUGUUCGCGGUGGGCGACGUCGCCGACACGGGGCUGCGCAAGGCCGCCCGCCCCGGCGGGCCCCAGGCUGCGGCGGUGGCGCACAACAUCCAGGCGAUGAUCGAGGGGAAGACGCCCGAGGAGGUGUAUCCGCCGUUCCCGAUGGCGAUCCACAUCACGCUUGGCUUGAAAUAUAACAUCGUGUUCCGUAACCCGAAUCUCGCGGAGGGCAAGACGGAGCCUGAGAUCAAGGAGUCCUGGGAUUCGAAGGAAGAUAUGGGAGUGGACCGGUGGUGGAAUCGCCUGGGGUUCCAGGAGAGUGCCCCGUCUCAGUACCAUUUGUAA